AUGGCUGCGUCCAUGGUGCGGUGCUUAUGGUCUUUGCUGUCUCCUCGAGGGCUCCGGCUCCGGGGAGGCUGCGUGUGCAGCCAGAGCCCACGGAGAAGUUUCGCUACAGAGAGACGGGACCGGAACCUUCUGUACGAGCACGCGCGCGAAGGCUACAGCGCGCUCCCUCAGCUGGACAUAGAGCCCCUGUGCGCAUGCCCAGAAGAGGCCGCGCGCGCCCUGGAACUCCGCAAGGGGGAGCUGCGGCCUGCCGACCUGCCGGAGAUCAUCGCGACGUGGCAGGAGCUGAGGCAGCUUCGGGAGCAGAUCCGGAGCCUGGAGGCCGAGAAGGGGGCUGUGGCUGAGGCAGUGCGGGCGCUGCUGGUAAACCGGGACAACCAUGCCGUGCAGCAGGACCCCCAGUAUCAGGGUCUGCGGGCUCGUGGCCGGGAGAUCCGGAAGCAGCUUGUUCUCCUGUACCCCAGGGAGGCUCAGCUUGAGGAGCGGUUCUACCUGCGGGCGCUGAGGCUGCCCAACCAGACCCACCCGGACGUGCCCGUCGGGGAUGAGAGCCAGGCCCGGGUGCUCCACGUGGUGGGCGACAAGCCAGCUUUCUCCUUCCCGCCCCGGGGCCACCUGGAGAUCGGCGAGAAGCUGGACAUCAUCCGACAGAAGCGCCUGUCCCACGUGUCUGGCCACCGGUCCUACUACCUGCGCGGGGCUGGGGCCCUCCUGCAACACGGCCUGGUCAACUUCGCACUCAACAAGCUUGUCCGUCGGGGCUUCACCCCCAUGGCCGUGCCUGACCUCCUCCGAGGAGCUGUGUUUGAAGGCUGCGGGAUGACACCAAACGCCAGUCCCUCCCAGAUUUAUAACAUUGACCCCUCACGCUUCGAAGACCUCAACCUGGCGGGGACAGCGGAGGUGGGACUGGCAGGCUACUUCAUGGACCACCCGGGUGGCUUAUCAGGGACCCGCUUGACAUGAUGCGCCCACCCCGCCAGGAUGGUCUGUUCUAGCACUUGCUACCGGCCUGAGACGGACACGGGGAAGGAGCCGUGGGGCCUCUACCGAGUCCACCACUUCAGCAAGGUGGAGAUGUUCGGGGUGACGGGCCCCGGCCUGGAGCAGAGCUCGAGGCUGCUGGAGGAGUUCCUGUCCCUUCAGAUGGAGAUCUUGACGGAGCUGGGCUUGCACUUCCGGGUCCUGGACAUGCCCACCCAGGAGCUGGGCCUCCCCGCCUACCGCAAGUUCGACAUCGAGGCCUGGAUGCCAGGCCGCGGCCGCUUUGGGGAGGUCACCAGCGCCUCCAACUGCACCGACUUCCAGAGCCGCCGCCUCCACAUCAUGUUCCAGACAGAGGCCGGGGAGCUGCAGUUCGCCCACACGGUGAACGCCACGGCCUGUGCUGUCCCUCGCCUCCUCAUCGCCCUCCUGGAGAGCAACCAGCAGAAGGACGGCUCGGUGUGCGUGCCGCCUGCCCUGCAGCCCUACCUGGGCACCGACCGGAUCACGGCGCCCACCCACGUGCCUCUCCAGUACAUCGGCCCCAACCAGCCCCAGAAGCCGCGGCUCCCUGGGCAGCCUGCGCUGAGCUGAGAACCCAUCCGCUGCUCCAGGGGCUCGGGAGACCCCAGACGCCUGCCACCUGACGCCCCGAGCCCACCCUGACACUGCUUCCCUCCACGGCCCGCCCCUCCCUCUUCCCUGCCUUCCGCGGCAUCAGGCACUAGCCCAGCUGCCACUGUGGUCCUGCCUGGGGUGGACAGGGAGGAGGAGCCCUGCAUCCCCCAGCGCCAAGGUCCCCAGUAAAUGACCCAAACAAAGGUGGCCCCUCACGGGCACCGACUCCAGUCCCGGCUGCUCCACUUCCAGCCCAGCCCCCUGCUGAUGCACCUGGGAAGGCUCCUGGGUUUGGCCCGGCCUGGCCGGCACAGCCAUUUAGGGUGGAAGAUUCUCUCUGUGUCUCUCCCUCUGUGUAGCUUUGCCUUUCAAAUAAAUAAAUUUUAAAAAGUC